ACAAGUUACAUCACACACUUACACUAGGCCUACAUUCAUGGAUUGUAGAGAUUGUAGGAUUGUUUUGAGAGAAAUUCCGCAUAUUUGAAGUCGCAGUGUUGGUAUAUUGAACAAAAUUUAUUCAAGGACGAAAUAUCGGAAAUUAUCAACUACAUAUGUACCUAAGUUAUAUUCAGGACUAGUGAAUACUCCUCACCAUGGCGCUAAAGACAAAGUUCUGUCAGGACACCGACGUCUCACCCCUUGUCUAUCUCUUAGUCGGACUCUUUGGAAUUGGAUCGUGGAUAGCCGUCAAUGGAUUAUGGGUAGAAUUACCGCUACUCGUCCAGCGUCUGCCGGAAGCUUGGGACCUGCCCUCGUAUCUUGUCAUAAUCAUCCAGCUAGCCAACAUUGGACCAAUCACGUACACUUUGGCGACAACGUUAUCGAAAGGGAAGUUGAAAGAGAAGCCUGUCGUGUGUCUAAUGGUUAUCGUUGGAGCUACAUCGUGUUUGUUGUUAGCAUUUUUCUGGGAAUCGACAUCAUUCAUAGGGGGCGCUGAACACAGUACUGCUCUGUUUGUUCUGGCAUUUUGCUUGGCCAUGGUUGACUGCACCUCGUCAGUGGUUUUCUUACCGUUCAUGUCAAUUUUUAAGCCAAGUUACAUCACAGCAUUAUACAUCGGGGAAGGAUUUAGCGGACUUGUUCCAAGUCUCAUCGCACUGGCUCAAGGGGUCGGUGGGAAUCCAGAAUGCAAGAACAAGACGUCAUAUGUUAAUGUAACAGUUGGUAAUCUCUCUUCCGAAGCUGAGUUUGUUUAUGUGUCCAAACUUGUCCCUGUUACCAAGCCUCCACUGUUCGGCAUUGAGGUUUUCUUUUAUUUUCUAUUCGCCAUGAUGUUGGUGUGCGGAGUUGCUUUUGUGCUUUUGAACUAUUUGCCAAAAUGUCGAGAAGAACAAACCAAGCCUAACGUUGUGGAAGCGCCUGUAUCACAAGAUGCGGAAGGAGAAAGUCUGUCUAGUAGUAACAACAGUAAUGAAAUGGAGAAGAUACAGAAUUCGACUACGUAUGUAUCCUAUCAAAAUACAACAUCAGUCGAACAGUCAACGGCUUUCGGACAAGAUGUAUCAUCAAGACAAGUGUUAUUAAAGAGGGACUUGGUAGAACCAUUAGGAUUGCGAAACUUUGUAAUCUUACAGUUGAUAAAUGCUUGGAUUAACGCUCUAGGAAACGGCGUCCUUCCUUCCAUUCAGUCCUACUCGUGUCUUCCGUACGGUAACACUGCCUACCACUUGGCAGUGUCGCUGGCAAACAUUUCUAAUCCAAUCGCCUGCUUCUUUGCAUUCCUGUAUCCCGUGAAAUCUAAGACUCUAUGUGGCGUGCUGACUGUGAUUGCCUCUGGAUUUGCUACCUUCAUCAUCUACUUGGCUGCCAUGAGUCCCAACCCUCCGCUGGUUGGAGAGGUUGCUGGGGAAAUCAUUGUGGUACUAGUCUGGAUUGUCUUCACCAGCAUCAACUCGUUCAUAAAAGUGACAAUUGCUUCCAUCUUCCGUGAUGAGGGUAGGAAGGCCCUGAUAUGGUGUGGUGGCAUUACGCAGGCUGGAUCGGCCGUUGGUGCCCUCACAACCUUCUUCCUUGUCAAUAAGCUGCACUUGUUCAAGAGUAUACCACCCUGUACUUCGUGAUGUUGAGUGUGGUUUAGUUAUGGAGCAGUUUGACAGUCAAGGAUAUUGCUCAGAUUUCAUGCCGACUUACCUGCACUGAAUGAUCAGAGGCACACUCAUAAACGGGUGGCCAAUGAAAUUGCUCGACACAAAGUAAUUGAAUGACGGCCAAAUUCGAGGAAGUAAAAAAAACAGACACACAAUCCGCUGCAACCUCAAUACUUUGGAACAGACUGAUGAUGUUUAUCAGAAUGGUUAAAUUAUGAAUUUGUAGAGAUCGAGUGUACGUGAGUGUGAUUAAACAAUUUCUUUGUUAUUUGAUGCAAGUGAUAAUAAUAUGUAAUGGCACCAUGUUUGAAAUUGGGCCAUUGUGCAGAUAUUUGUUCAUGGAGGUUGAGGACAAAUUAUACGUUUGGUAGAGUUUAAUUUAAAACAAGCUAUUUUGUAUAUAUUUUUUGGUAUGCACAAACUAAAAUGAUCUCAAGUUGUGACGAGUUUGACUUGUGACUUGUUUGUACAUAUUUGUCUUGUUUAAAUAUUUUGGGGAGAGGUACAGUCCAGCUUUUAUUUUAAAGGCCUACACGUUCCGUGAUGAAAAAGAGUCGUCCUACAAGUCUUAUGGCAAAGGUCCAACUCUGGACCACGUGCCAGUCACCACAUACUUACUCCCUCAAUGCGUAAGGAGAAGUUGUGUUGUAGGCCCGGUUUGCAAGAGGAUGGUUCAUCUGGCUCCUGGCAAUGAUUGCCAUUUUCAGAAAAAGUGUAAGCAGGUGACAGCAGAAAUCAUGUCAAAGUUUUGUAUUGUCCUGCAGAUCGUGUUGUCUGGAGAAGGACAUUGGUAUUGGAUUACAUUGACAAUAAAUCUGUGAACGAAAUUAAA